AUGAAUGAGGAUGGCGAGAGGGCCCAACUGAAGGCCAGACUGUGGGUCUACGUAGAAGAACGAUUACAACAGGUGUUAUCUUCCGAAGAAGCAAAUUAUACACCGAAGUUCAUAAACUCGUUGCUGGAGCUAGCAUACUUGCAAUUGGGAGAGAUGGGGAGCGAUUUGCAGGCAUUUGCAGAACAUGCUGGAAGAGAUGUGGUCAAUGAAAGCGACUUCAGGCUGUACUUGAGGAGACAACCUGAAUUACAGGAACAACUCACAGGAAGAAAAUAG